AUGGAUGCCAUAGAAAGCGCAAACACAGACGCCAUGAACGGCCCAAGUCCUCAGGAUAGUGGCGACUCGAGAUUCCAGACGGACAACACCAUGUCAAGAAAGCCACAGCCUAAACAGCAAUUAUCCAAAGCAAUGGAACAUAUGCGCUUCGCAGUCACAGUCGAUCCUAUACCGCAUACUUCGACUUCCACGCCACCGCCAGAAGCCUCCGAUGCCGCAUCUCCACCCACGCAACAAGGCCCCGAGAACGACGCUUACGGAGUACCUGCUUCUCUACAGCCUGUCCGCGCACCACCCUCUCGCUCCCACGACCCUGGCAACAACCAAAAGCGCAGUGAUCCUUUCGCAUUCGGCUCGCGCUACCUCGAGGAAGGCGACAACAUCUUCGAAUUCAAUGCCUGGGACCACGUAACCGUCGACUCCAACUACCUUGCCUUCUCCGAAGAACAAUAUUCCAAACAACGGCAAGAGCCCGUCUCCGAGUUUGAUCGCAAACGUUACAACGACCAGCCCGAGAAAUGGUGGAACCAAUUCUACAAGAACAACAAGACAAAUUUCUUCAAGAACCGCAAAUGGCUGGCGCAGGAAUUCCCGAUACUAGAGGAACUGGGUGCAGAAGACGGACCCGAGGCUACCUUGUUGGAAGUUGGCGCUGGAGCGGGCAACAGUGCGUUUCCCAUCUUGCAGAGGAGCCAAAACAAGAGGCUGAAGAUACACGCAUGCGAUUUCUCCAAAAAGGCAGUCGAGCUUAUACGUAACCACGAACUCUACGACCCGGAACGCAUACAAGCCGACGUAUGGGACGUAGCCGCAUCGCCCGACUCUGAAAACGGCGGUCUCCCUCCAGGGCUCACAGAAGGCAGCGUGGAUGUCGUACUCAUGAUAUUCAUCUUCAGUGCCCUAAAUCCCAAGCAAUGGGACCAAGCCGUCCGCAAUAUCUGGAGGGUCCUCAAGCCAGGCGGCCAGGUCCUGUUCCGCGACUACGGACGCGGCGAUCUAGCUCAGGUCCGCUUCAAAAAAGGCCGGUACAUGGAAGAAAACUUCUACGUCCGCGGCGACGGCACGCGAGUCUACUUCUUCGAGCAGUCUGAGCUCGAGGACAUUUGGGGUGGAGCAGCCAGGAAACGCGAUACGACGGUUGGCAAUGUGGCGGAUACAACAAUAUCCCAGACAGAGGCUGAGGGCGUCAUCGCGGAUAAGAUUGAGAGUCUGUCACUUCAUGAUCCGGAUUCGCAGACGAGAGAGCAGAGUCAUGAUGACGUUAAUGAUCCCGAGACCCCCAGACCGGGUUUUGAGGUUGCGCACAUUGGCGUUGAUAGACGUAUGCUGGUGAAUAGGCAGAGGAGGUUGAAAAUGUAUAGGUGUUGGAUGCAGGCUGUGUUUCGCAAGGCGGGCAUGGAGAGUGAGGUGCCGACAAGUACGUUGAGGCAGGAUAAGGAGGAGGAGGAGGAGGGUGGGGAAGGUGUAGCGGAUGAACAAGGAGAGAGCCAGGUGAGCAAAGAGGACGCCGUGGAAGGAGGGGGCGUCAAGGUCUGA